ACUGCAAUGAGCCGUUGGGCUGGAAGUACGAGAGAGCCUACGAUGCCUCACGAAAGUACAAGGAGGGCAAUCUUUAUGUAUUGGUAGUGUUGAAUUCAUUAUUGGAGUGACUCAAAAACUGUACAUAGAUAAAACUUGGCUUUGUCGCUUCCAAUCUUUAUUAUGUAUUUUCACAAGCCAUCAUUUAUUUUUCAGUUCAGUGUCUCUCUCUGCGUCUUGUUAUUACUGUAGUAUACGUCAUGUACUCUAUAUAACGUCAUCAUAGAUCUACUAACUCUCUUUCUCUCUCGAAGAUGAGUGACGAAACAGCGUCUUCUUCGUCUCAGUCUCCGGCGGCGAAGAAGAAGAAGAAGAAGGAGAGUUUGGGAUGGAUGGACUGGAUGAGAGGAUGGAGCAGCGUAUUCGGGGAGAUACUCUUCCAGAGGAUCACCGCCUCUCAUUUGCUCAACCCUCUCUCUCUCCCUCCCCUCAACCACCUCACUUGCCUCGUCACUGGCUCCACCAGCGGCAUUGGCCGUCAGACCGCUAGGCAGCUUGCGGAGGGUGGUGCUCAUGUUGUGAUGGCUGUGAGGAACACAAAGGCAGCUCAGGAGAUGAUUCAGCAAUGGCAGAACGAGUGGUCUGGUAAAGGUCUCCCUCUUAAUAUCGAGGCAAUGGAACUUGAUCUUCUUUCACUGGAUUCGGUCGCCAGAUUCGCCCAUGCUUGGAACGCUCGUUUGGGACCUUUGCAUGUUCUGAUUAACAAUGCCGGCAUAUUUGCUAUGGGAGAGGCUCAAAAAUUCUCAGAGGAUGGAUACGAGCAGCACAUGCAAGUCAAUCAUUUAGCUCCAUCGCUUCUUUCAGUACUCCUUUUGCCGUCCCUAAUCCGAGGUUCACCUAGCCGAAUCAUCAAUGUGAAUUCCGUGAUGCAUAGUGUUGGUUUUGUUGACCCGGAUGACAUGAAUGUUGUUUCUGGUAGCCGUAAGUACUCAAGUGUUGUAGGAUACUCGAGCAGCAAGCUUGCCCAGAUUAUGUUUAGUAGCAUUCUCUUCAAAAAGCUGCCUCUGGAAACUGGAGUUAGCGUCAUAUGUCUAUCCCCUGGUGUUGUCCUAACAAAUGUUGCCAGGGAUCUACCCAGGUUUCUUCAAGCUCUUUACGCGGUGAUACCUUAUUUCAUAUUCUCACCUCAAGAAGGUUGUAGAUGUUCUCUCUUCUCGGCCACAGACCCUCAGAUCCCAGAGUACUGGGAAACACUAAAAAACGAUGAUUGGCCUGUUUGCCCAUUCAUCUCUCAAGAUUGCCGCCCUACAAAUCCUUCCGAAGAAGCGCACAACACAGAAACUUCACACAGAGUGUGGGAAAAGACAUUAGAGCUGGUGGGUCUUUCUCUCGAUGCAGUUGAGAAGCUCGUAGAAGGGGAAAGUGUCAAAUGCCGAUAUGGAUCUCAGGACGAAUAGUCGUCCAUAAAAACAAGAAAAAGUCCACAUGUUGAUUGUCCCCUUACAGAUCAAAGGGGGUAGGUACUGAAAGUAGCUUUUUUUUUUGUUUCAGAUUUUUUCAAAUCUACUGUACUACUGGCAUGUGGUGUGCCAUUCCAUGAUAUACUUACAAGUCUU